AUGAGCUCAAAUAAAGUCUGUGAUGUUUUGCAUCUUGAUUCAACAUCUACUUCACUCGCCUUAACUUUGAAUUUAUUAUGCAAUGAUACACUACAAAUCAUUUCGAAUCUUUUUAAGAAUGGUAAAACUGUUUUUGAGAAUGACAGAAAUCAUAAUAGGGAUAUUUUCGAAAUCGGCAGAGCUAUUGGUAACGAAAAGAUGAUCAAAAUAUUUUCAGACUUUGUUAAUUCUUAUCCUGAAAUUACCAUCCAGAACUUUUACGAUUUUUAUGAUAUUGCUACAGUUCAAAACGAUACGUUAAAGAUGAACGAGUGCAUAACUUUCUUUGCAUCUAAAAUGAGAUCUCUCAAUACCGAAUAUAUAAUUGACACAACAAAAAUAUAUGGAUACGACUUUUUGGAAGGAGUAUUAACAUCCAAAUCCCUUAAGAUAUCAACACAAGAUUCACUCUGCAAAAUAAUCAUAUCUUUAAGUAUGUAUGACAUUGUUUUCUUUGAGUUGCUGAAGUACAUCAAAGUUGAAUUUUGUAGUAAAGAUGUAAUUGAAGAAAUUUCAAACUUUGCAGAAGAAAAUAAGCUAAAGUCUGUUUCGAGUCAAGUAUUCAAGCGUGCACUUCUUCAUCUUCCAACAAUUUGUCAAAAACUAGAGAUUUCUUCAAUCAAUGAAUAUCACAGAAACGAUUUAUCUAAUGAAAAUAUUAGAAAGUUAAUGAUCUUGUCAAAAACAGUUGAAAACUCUCAUAAAAUUUAUUAUAUCCUUGAAAAAGCAUCAAAUGAAGAGGAUCUCUCAACAAUUAAAUUUGCGGUAGAGAAAAAAUAUUCUGAUGUUUAUGAUACCUAUGGAUACAAUAUGAUUCUUCUUGCAGCAAGUAAAGAUAACCUCGGACUUGUAAAGCAAUUGUUUUAUUAUGGCGCAGACAUGAAAAGUAAAAGCAAAUUCAAUAGAACAGUUCUUCAUUGGUUUUGUAUUAAAGGGAACUUGGAAGGAGUUAAAUUUGCUCAUCAUUUCAUCAAUAUUAACGCGAUGGAUACAUGGAAAUAUACGCCUCUUCAUGAAGCUGUUUAUCAUGAAAAUUAUUAUGUUUGUGCAUAUCUUUGUAGCAAACCAACAAUCGAUAAAUAUGCUAAAAAUGAUGAGAACAAAACUCCGCUUUCUGUGGCAAAAGAUUGCAAAUGUAGAUGUAUAGAGGUACUUCUUCGAGGCAAAGGAUUUCCUGAAUAA